GAGGAACAUAUUUUAAUCAAUGCCUCUUGAUAAAAGAGCUUGAUUCCAGCUACUGCACUUCCUUCAUCAGCUCUCCAAUGAUGCCUGGAGCCAUGAGAAUAUUUUUCUUUAUUUUUGCUGCUCUCAUUCUUCUUGCUCAAAUUUUCCCAGCCAGGACAGCAAUUCAUAGAACACUGAUUUGUAAGAGCCUGGAAGGUCACUGUGAAGCUGAAUGUCUUACUUUUGAAGUAAAGAUUGGGGGCUGUAGAGCCGAAUUAACACCAUUUUGCUGCAAAAACAGAAAGAAGCAUUAAAAACUAAGCACCAGCUGAAAGAACGAAAGAUGUAAAGAUUCUCUGGCUGUGAAAUCAGUGGGACAAAUCUCUCUGGACCUUCUCUCUU